AUGUCUACAUUAGAAGAUCUCGAUGAUCUCGAGAGAGAGCACAAGGAGGAGAAGAAGGACGAUGGCGACAAGGACAAGGACAAGAAGCCAAAUCAAGCUAAUGAUGGUGAUGCUGAAAUGAAGGAUGCCGAACCUGAAAAGGAAGAGGAUCCAAUAGAUGAAGAGAUAUAUAGCUUGGGAACACAAGAUAUUCUCACGAGAAAACGACUUUUGGAGAAUGAUUCCCGAAUUAUGAAGAGCGAGUUUCAACGUUUAUCACAUGAGAAGGCUACAAUGGGGGAGAAAAUCAAGGACAACCUUGAAAAGAUCGAAAACAACAGACAAUUACCAUACCUCGUUGGAAAUGUUGUUGAGCUACUCGAUCUUGAUCCAACAGCCGAAUCUGCUGAAGAAGGCGCAAAUAUUGAUCUCGAUGCUACCAGGGUCGGAAAAUCCGCGGUUAUCAAGACUUCCACUCGACAAACCAUAUUCCUUCCAUUAAUAGGUCUUGUAAAUCCAGAUGAGCUGAAGCCAGGUGAUUUGAUUGGUGUCAACAAGGAUUCAUAUCUCGUAUUAGAUACAUUACCCGCAGAAUAUGAUAGCAGAGUCAAGGCGAUGGAAGUCGAUGAGAAACCCACGGAAAAAUACACAGAUGUAGGAGGAUUGGACAAACAGAUUGAGGAGUUGGUUGAAGCAAUUGUAUGGCCAAUGAAGGAAGCUGAUCGCUUUAAGAAGAUUGGCAUCAAGGCGCCCAAAGGUGCUCUUAUGUAUGGCCCUCCCGGUACUGGAAAAACACUCCUCGCAAGAGCUUGCGCUGCACAGACGGAUGCAACUUUUCUCAAACUCGCCGGUCCUCAACUCGUACAAAUGUUCAUCGGUGACGGUGCAAAGCUGGUGCGAGAUUGUUUUGCAUUAGCUAAGGAGAAGGCACCAGCAAUUAUUUUUAUUGAUGAAUUAGAUGCUGUUGGUACGAAGCGUUUUGACAGCGAGAAAAGUGGAGAUCGUGAGGUACAAAGAACUAUGUUGGAGCUGCUAAAUCAACUUGAUGGAUUCGCUUCGGAUGAUCGUAUUAAGGUAUUGGCAGCAACCAACAGAGUCGAUGUUCUCGAUCCUGCUUUACUUCGUUCCGGUCGUCUUGAUCGAAAGAUUGAGUUCCCUCUGCCAAACGAAGAAGCUCGCGCCCAGAUUUUGAAGAUUCACAGCCGUAAAAUGACUGUCGAUGAUGCUGUCAACUGGCCUGAAUUGGCAAGAAGUACAGAUGAGUUUGGUGGAGCCCAGUUGAAGGCGGUAUGUGUGGAAGCUGGUAUGAUUGCUCUUAGAAUGGGAAAGAACAAAAUCAGUCACGAACAUUAUGUCGAUGCCAUUGCGGAAGUCCAAGCGAAGAAGAAGGAUACUGUCAACUUCUACGCAUAA